AUGAGGGCGACAAAUGAGACCCCCAAAGAAACACACCAGACAUCUUCAGCACACUUCUCCGAUGACGACGACCCGACCUCGUCCUCCGGCUCUUCCUCAGAAGAGAGCGAGUCCGACUCAUCAGAAGAUGAAGAUGAAGAAAGAAACCAGACAACAGCUGGCGCAUCCACAAUACCGAGUAUUCCUCACCGCCCAAAACCCAGGAUAAAGCCUAUGAAGGUGAAGGCCGGCUCGGAUCUCCUAUCGCGCUUGUCAGCGUUCCUGCCGCAGAUGAAGGAGGCCAAUGAUGAUCUAGAGAAAGAGAUUGCUGCUGGGCGCGGAAAGGAUAUCGUGCUAGAUGAUGCCGAUGAAACAGAUGGGAAGCAGUAUAUUGAAAUGAAUCUUGGGUUGGGAGUUCUUAAGGAAAAGCGUGAAGGUGAUGACUCGAGUGAGGCCGAUAGUGAUGAUGAGAAUCCUUAUGCUGCGAAUGGGGGUUCCAACGGGCAGGGUGACUCAGACGUCUUGAGUAAGCUUAUGGGUGGGAAGAAGUCUGAGAAGUCAGAUGCGGAGAAGCCUUCGAUCGAAGAGAUGGCGGAGUGA